UACCUGGUCUUGAUUUCUGGGCUCCCUGUUCCAUAAAAUACAAGUUUGAGUGUUUCUGCAAAAUCAAAUGUCCAUUAAAUCAAGGAUCCAUUGGACUGUAGUCAUAUUGGUUGGUUCUUGAUGAAAAAUCUGAUAAUAGGCCCUUUCUUACAGCAUUACUUGUCUUAAAUUAAAUUGUCUUUCUUACCAGCAGUGAGCCAUGUUGUUUCCUGCAGCAGGGGGGGCCCGGGCCACUUAUCAAACCGCGAAGGUUAUAAGAUUCGCCAGGCAUGGGUGCGCAAACCGGCCCUUUUUCCACAUUGUUGUUAUGGAUAAAAAAGUAGAAAGACAGGGUCACGUAAUUGAGCAACUUGGAACUUUUGACCCUCUUGUCAAUGAACGUGGUGAGAAGUUAUGCUCUAUCAACUUAGAGCGAACAUGUCAUUGGAUUGGUCAAGGUGCUCAUGUAGCCGAUAGCUGUGCAAUGCUGCUAGGUCUAUCUGGAUUACUGCCCAUCCACCCCAGGGGAUUUAUUGAAGCCUGGCGCAAUCGAAGAACAGAAGCACAAAAAUCCCAAAAGGAAUCGUGAGUUAUGACCAAGCAAUGCAAGAUGUAUAUAAAAUUAACUGUAUAAUGAAUAAAGUCAUGUUAAGUAA